CACAGUCAGAGGAAGAGAUAGACACACUAUCGCAGCUAUGCCCGAAGCCAAGAAGCCAGCGGCCAAGACAGAUAAGGCUGCAGCAGCACCUGCUGAUAAGGAAUUGCCCGAUGAUGAGACUGUCCCAGGAGGGCAGUCCGAGCUGACCGGACUAUUUGUAGAGAGGCCAGAGAGCACUACAGUAAUCAAAGGGAAGAACGUCACCUUUGUGGCUAAAGUGGACUCAUCUGACCUGCUGAGGAAGCCCAACAUGAAAUGGCUGAAAGGGAAGUGGCUGGACCUGGGCAGCAAGGCUGGCAAGCACGUGCAGUUUAAAGAGGCCUAUGACAGGAACUCCAAGGUCUACACAUAUGAGAUGAGCAUCAUCAAAGUAGUGGAAGGAGACGCAGGUGGCUACCGCUGUGAGGUCACCUCCAAAGACAAGUGUGACAGCUGUACAUUUGAAGUCACAGUGGAAGCCGUUCAAGAGGAGCAGCCCGCCAACAUCCUGGAUGCCUUCAAGCGAUCGGGAGAUGCAGGAGAGGAUGCAGGUGACCUGGACUUCAGUGCCCUCCUCAAAAAAAGGGAAAAAAAGGCGAGGGACGAGCCCAAAGAGGAUGUGGAUGUGUGGGAGAUCCUGAAGGAUGCUAAGCCAUGUGACUAUGAGAAGAUUGCCUUUGACUACGGCAUCACAGACCUCAGGGGCCUGCUCAAGAGACUGAAGAAGAUGAAGAAGGUGGAACCCAAGAAGAGUGACGCCUUCCUGAAGAAGCUAGAGCAAUGUUACUCUGUGGACAAGGGCAAGAGGACCCAGAUGCAUGUUGAGCUCCAUGACCCCAAUGUUCAGGUCAAAUGGCUGAAGAACGGAGUGGAGAUCAAACCCUCUGCCAAGUAUGUGUUUGAGUGCGUGGGCAACAAACGGACACUCACCAUCAACAAGUGCAACCUGUCUGACGAUGCAGCCUAUGAGUGUGUGGUGGGAGAGGAGAAGAGCUUCACUGAAGUCUUUGUCAAAGAGCCCCCGGUCAACAUCACCAAGCUGCUGGACGAUGUGCAUGUAGUGGUGGGAGAGAAGGUGGAGUUUGAGUGUGAGGUGUCAGAGGAAGGAGCCAACGUCAAAUGGAUGAAAGAUGGAGUUGAGCUGACCAAGGAUGGGAAGUACAGGAUAAAGAAGGAUGGGAAGAAACACACUCUGGUCAUCAAUGAAGCAACCAUAGAGGACAUCGGAAUGUACUAUGUUUACACUAACGGGGGAGAAUCCAAAGGAGAACUGGAAGUGGAAGCCAAGGAGCUGGAGGUUCUGCAGAGUAUAGCUGACCUGUCGGUGAAGGCGUGUGAACAGGCCAUGUUCAAGUGUGAGGUGUCUGAUGAGAAGGUGGUGGGCAAGUGGUUCAAGGACGGUGUGGAGGUCAAACCCGGCAACCGCAUCAAGAUGUCACACAUCGGAAGGAUCCACAAGCUGACGAUUGAUGACGUGAAGCCGCAGGACGAAGGAAACUACACCUUUGUCCCUGAAGGAUACGCACUCUCCCUCUCCGCUAAACUCAACUUCAUUGAAAUCAAGAUCGAAUAUGUUCCACGCCAAGACCCUCCCAAAAUCCACCUGGACACCAGUAGCACGGGCAGCAAGAACACCAUUGUUGUGGUGGCUGGCAACAAGCUCCGCCUUGAUGUGGAGAUCACAGGAGAGCCUGUCCCCACUGUGUGCUGGAUGAAAGGAGACACUGUGAUAUCGGAGGCGGAGGGCAGAGUGAGGGUGGAGACCAGGACCACUCUGAGCAGCUUUGUCAUUGAGGGGGCGGAGAGGCCAGACGAAGGCCAGUACUCCAUCAUAGUGACCAACCCAGCCGGAGAGGACAGGGCUGAGCUCACCGUCAAGAUUGUUGAUGUGCCUAACCCACCAGAGAACGUCAGAUGUAUGGGAGUUGGCGAGGACACAGCCACCAUUACAUGGGAUCCCCCCAAAUUUGACGGGGGUGCGCCCAUCAAAGGCUACCUGAUGGAGAGGAAGAAGCAGGGUUCCUCCAGGUGGACCAAGCUGAACUUUGAGGUGUUUGAGUCAACCACAUACGAGGCUAAGAAGAUGAUUGAGGGUGUUUUUUAUGAGAUGAGAGUGUUUGCUGUCAACGGGAUCGGGAUCUCCCAGCCCAGCGGCAACUCAAAGCCCUUCAUGCCCAUAGCCCCUACCAGUGAGCCCACUCGUCUGACGGUGGAGGAUGUGACAGACAGCACCUGUGCCCUGAAGUGGCGUCCUCCAGAGAGGGUUGGAGCAGGGGGCGUUGACGGGUACAUAAUCGAGUGGUGCAAAGAAGGAGAGGAUAACUGGGUGGCAGCCAAUAAGGAGCCAGUGGACAAGAACACGUACCGUGUGAAGGGGCUGCCAACAGGAGAGAAGCUCUUGUUCAGAGUGGUGGCUAUGAACAUCGCUGGACGCAGCCCCCCCUGCACCAUGAAACAGUCUGUCACCAUCAGAGAGAUCAUGGAGUACCCAAAGAUCCGCCUGCCUCGCCAGCUAAGAACCAAGUUCAUCAGGAAAGUGGGCGAGAAGAUCAACCUAGUCAUCCCCUUCCAGGGGAAGCCUCGCCCCGUGGUCAACUGGUUGAAAGACGGUGAGCCCCUGGAGAAUAAGUCGGUGGGCAUCCGCACCAGUGACUUUGACACCAUCCUGUUCAUCCGCUCGGCAGAAAGGGACCACUCUGGGACGUACACCCUGUCUGUCCAGAUAGACAACAUGCAGGACAAGGCUGACAUACACAUCCAGAUCGUAGACAAGCCAGGUCCUCCUAUAAAUGUGAUGGUAACAGAUGUGUGGGGCUUCAACGCUGCUCUGGAGUGGAAGCCCCCCAAAGACACAGGCAACACUGAUAUCACCGGCUACACCAUCCAGAAGGCUGACAAGAAGACCCAGGGUUGGUUCACAGUGUAUGAGCACAACCGCCGGCCCAGCUGCACAGCGUCUGACCUGGUCAUGGGGAACGAGUACUCCUUCCGUGUGUUCAGUGAGAACAUCUGUGGCUUGAGCGAUGAGGUGGCCUUCAGCAAGAACACUGCCAUCAUAGGCAAAACAGAUCUGGAGUACAACAAACCAGCCUUCAAAGAGAAGGACAUGAGCAGCUCCCCCAAGUUUACAGCUCCCCUAGUGGACAGGGUUGUUGUUGCAGGCUACAGUACUGCCAUCAGCUGUGCUGUCCGGGCCUACCCUAAGGCUAAGAUAGUGUGGAUGAAGAACAAGAUGAUCAUUGGGGAGGAUCCUAAAUUCUUGAUGCAGAACAACCAGGGGGUGUUGACCCUGAACAUCAGGAAGCCCGGCCAGUUUGACGGGGGCAAGUACUCCUGUAAGGCCAUCAACGACCUGGGGGAGGACGAGGUGGAGUGCAGGCUGGAAGUCCGAGUCUUAAAGGAGAAGAAAGAAGGAGAUGAAGAGAAGAAAUGAGCGACGGAGUGACCGAUAGAAACACCAGAGGAUUCAGUUCUGCAGGAAUCAUAAUGGAUUAUGUAUAACAGGAUAGACAUGAAUAUAUAUGAUUAGAAUAAAAAACUGGUGAUGUUUUCUAAAUAUGCUCUCUCUAUCUCUUUCUUCCUCUCUCUAUCCCUCUCUUUCUCACAUCCUCACCAGUGGCAUGUCAAAUACCAUAUCGGUAAUAACUGAAUGAAUUAUGAUAAUAACAGACCUCUACAUUGAGACAAGCAAUAGAGUACCUUAAUAAUAGCUGAAUAUUACAGCUCAGAGAUGGAUUAUUCUUAUCUGUGACAUGAACCUGUCAGUGCAACACACAUAAAACAGUCAUUUACCAAA